UGCGAAACCCUCUCAACAUAAACCAAACGAUACAUCGCUCAAACGGACACUUCUUUUAAACGUAACAGGACCUCCUCGUUUGGGCUUUCUCACUCAUCUUGGAACUCAAAUUCAUCCCAGCUUCAUCCCUUCGACACACAGAAUGGCCAGCAGAUCGAAAUUCCUCUGCCAAAGCACAGCGGUUGGAUUAUCUUUGGUGUUUGUAUUAGUCUCCUCAGUUAACUCUGAUUUCCUAGACACAGAACAAAGUUCAAGUGCACAGAAACAUACAAGGCAAAAGCGCUCUUUGACGGUGGAAGAGGUGGACCUCGUGGAAGUGUGCUCUUCUGUGCAGAGCUUCGAACAGAUGCAGACAGCGGUCAACGUUGACUUGCUCACUGUCGAGAUACACCCAGAGGCUUGGGUCUUUGCCACCAGAUGCAGGGUACCGGGAAAGCCCUGCAGAGGAUUCGACAAUGACAUUCAAUCCAUCUGCAGACCGAAGAAAUCUUGGGUACAGGUAUACGGACGGACCUCUGGGGACACCUGGCGACCUCACUGGGUGGCCGUGGACACUGCUUGCGUGUGUUCCAUCCGGAAAAAGAGACUCAUGUCUCUAGCGACCGGAAGAACACCUCUCACGGGUAAAAAUUUCCUUCCAUAAUCUAACAAAAAAAGGGAUGGUUGUGUACCCCCUCCUCUUCGAUGCUCAGUUCCCUUUUAUCAAUCCCUGCGACCUUGUGGACUGUGUGGAAUUUUAUUGGUUUCUGUUGUCAUUCUAUUUAUAAACAUUUGACACUAGACAAUCACGAUGACCUUGUAGAGAAGAAUUUCCAGCGUCUUGAGUGUAUCCCUCCAAUCAUAUUGUCACUCCCGGUGUAUAGACUAUUUGAAUAAUGUAUUUAUGUUGUUAAAUAAAAUACUUUGUCUCUGAACAA